AAGGAGUAUAUACAUAAAUGCGCGACGAUUUUAUGCAGUUGAUGGUGUCUACAUAACCUCCACUGCGUAAUGUGGCACCACUGCGGUUUUGAUGCUUCGAAUUGGGAUCAGUAGUUUACAGACGCAGAAUGUGACAGAUAUGCUAUUUGUUUUGGAUACGUGGCCAUGCGAAUUGUGUGUACUGAAUUAACUUUCAGUGACAAUGUUCCUGAGUACUUUGACACCAAAGUUCUAUGUAGCCUUGACUGGAACAUCAUCACUAAUAUCUGGACUGAUUCUGAUUUUUGAAUGGUGGUACUUUCGCAAAUAUGGAACAUCAUUUAUAGAACAGGUAUCACUAAAUCACAUCAGCCCAUGGAUUGGAGGUAAUGACAGUUGUGGAGAUAUCGCAAACAUACCAAAUAAUGAAAAUACCAUUGUCAAUAAUCAGCAGACUGUUCCAGAUUGCAAAGUAUGGAGAAAUCCAAUGAACCUUUUUCGUGGUGCAGAGUAUCAGAGGUAUUUUUGGGCCACUAACAAGGAACCUCUGACUUAUUAUGAUAUGAAUUUGUCCGCCCAAGAUCAUCAGACGUUUUUCACUUGUGAAGGUGAUUGUGGGAAGCCUGAGUAUGAAAUAAUGCAAACAGCGUGGCGGGAACGUAAUCCAAUUGCUAGAAUCAAAGCUGCCCAUGAAGCUCUUGAGAAAAACAAUGAGUGCACACCUGCAUUUAUACUUCUGGCAGAAGAAGAUGCUACAACAAUCAGUGAGGCAGAAAGAACAUUUAAACAAGCAUUAAAAAUAGCUGAAGCAAAUUACAAGAAGUCACAGCAGUUGCAAAACCAGAGCUCUGUUGCAGAAGCAGUACAUCGUAGAGAUACAAAUGUUUUGCUUUAUAUAAAGAGGCGCCUAGCAAUGUGUGCAAGAAAAUUGGGAAGGGUCAAGGAGGCAGUAAAAUUGUUUAGAGAUCUAUCAAAAGAGGUUCCACCAAUUAUGAAUGUUCUCAAUGUUCAUGAGAAUCUCAUUGAAGCCUUAUUAGAAAUGCAGGCCUAUGCUGAUGCACAGGCUGUCUUAGCAAAAUAUGAUGAUGUUACAUUACCCAAAUCUGCUACAAUAUGCUAUACAGCAGCUCUUCUAAAAGCAAGAGUAGUGGCCGACAAAUUUUCACCUGAUGUUGCAAGCAAACGGGGUCUUACAACAGCAGAAAUGACAGCUGUUGAAGCUAUUCAUAGGGCAGUCGAAUUCAACCCUCAUGUUCCAAAAUAUUUACUUGAAAUGAAACCAUUGAUUUUACCACCAGAGCAUAUUCUCAAAAGAGGAGAUUCAGAAGCAAUAGCUUAUGCGUUUUUCCAUAUACAUCACUGGAAGCAAGUGGAAGGAGCAUUGAAUCUUCUUCGUUGUACUUGGGAAGGCGCUUUCCGUAUGCUUCCAUUUCCCCUUGAAAGAGGUCAUUUGUUUCUUACUUACGAAACAUGUACAGAGUGUGCAGAUAGGGAGUUACUGCCUGCUGCAGCCUUCAGUGAUGUCAGCAUGUAUCCAAAGAAGGAGCUCCCUUUCUUCAUUCUGUUUACGGCUGGCCUGUGUUCCUUCACAGCCUUGCUGGCACUGCUUACACACCAGUAUCCAGAACCUAUGGGAGUUAUUGCAAAGACGAUCUGUAAUUCCAGCGAGGAGAAAUGAAGAAGAAAGGAACCAAUUGAAAGAAAGGUGUCUGUUGAUAUUGAAUUUGCAAAAUUUAUAGAUGGAUGAAAGGCAAUAUAGAAAUGAGGAAUUGACUGAUGUAUGUGUGGGUUACCUUGUUGGGAUCAUGUUUCAUUUUCCUAAAGAUAUUGUGUUCAAAGAAAUAGAGCUCACAAUUUUGGAAUGGGGUGUUGAGUAUCAGAAUGGUUGUACUUGGUCCAGGGACACUGCACAAACACCAGGAAUACAGAAGAUUGUAAUACUUUGCUAUAAUGCAAAGAAAGGCAGAACUCUGCAGGUCAAAGUAAUAGAUGACUGAAAAAAGUCUGUUUUUUAGAGGAACAAUAAUGAAUGAAGCAUGCAGCAAUGGAAAGAGUUUAAUGUGUGUUAAAAAAAAAUGUUUCAGAGUAUUGACUGUACUGACUAUGCAGAGUAUUUUUCUUGGCAGUUUAGUGAAAAAUAGUUUCCAGUUUACACAUGGCAACCAAGACGUUGAUCUCUUGCAAUAAUUUUUGAUGAUGUACUCAUAUAACUUCUGCUGACAGUUUGUCAACUUUUCAUAAGAUGCGAGACUUCUACCAAUGUGAAUGAAUUUUUUUUCUUUUAUGAACAGCUUUACUUUAUCAAAGUUUGAAUGAUAGAUAAAUUUAUGUAAUUUUAUGUAAUAUGAUACACAUGUAGAAUUUGGGAGGCAUCAGCUUCAUUACAGUUUGUCACCCACUUAGGAUUGUCUGAGCAAUAUUCAAAACUAAAAUUCACAGUAGUGAGAAAGGGUGUUUUCCAGUUUUACUCAAAAACAGUUCUGGUAUGUAUAUGAAGUAGGAAUGUAAUUUUGUAUUUAUGAAGUAAGACAGUGUCAAAAUAUUGUAUAAAAGGAAAUAGGAGCCCUUGUUUCCAUUUAUUCAGUACUUUGGUUACUAUUUUGAAGUGAAAAUAUCAGACUUCUGUAAGUAAAUUUAAAUAUUAUACUUUUUUUGGAUAUGCUAAGUAUUAACACCUGUUCUGAUGCAACACUAGACAAAAUGCUAGAUGAUUGUACAGGCUUUUAAUAACAAAGUUAAAGUUUACCAGCAACUGUUUUAUAGUAAAAUUUCUGUGACACAAGUGUAAACAAUUUUUAAAGAUCAGAUAAUGUAGAUACCUAAUGUUGUCUCUGUUUAGUUCAUGUUAGAUGUAUAAACUGCACUUUAAUUUGUUAAGCUUGUCCAGUAUUACAGGUGCUUGUUUCCUAAAGAACAGAAUGUUAACAAAUUUGUAGCGCUGUAAAUUGCUGAGAGAUUGGAGACACCAUGAUCAUCAAGCUUUCCUUCUGCCAUCUCUGGAGGAAGAUAGUCCAAGAUGCCAGACAUUGUCUUCCACUGAUUGCUUGGUCCAUGUACAGAACAGCCAAAAUCAGCCAUUUUUAUUUUAACAUAAUUAGUAAGAAGCAAACUCUCAAUCUUUGCCUUGAUGAAUCACAUUAUUUUUAUGGACAUACUACAAGGCGUUUGCAACUGGUAAAUAUGUCUUGCUGCUAUAGGUUCGAUAAAAUGGCCAUUUGGGUAUGCACUAAGCACUUUGUACAGUUCUCCUUUAGCAGCAAACUUUAAUAAAAUUAAAUAUAUCUUCUUAUAACUUCUUAUAAUAAAAGUGUGUAUAGAGCUAUAGGACAUAAGGGUGCCUCAUAUCUGUCUGUAUCUUUAAUCUCAGAAAAAAUGUCUUUCAAGUCUGACACCAACAAUUUCUGAUUAUAGCAUUAUUUUCAGGGAACUUAUAAUCCCUGUUGUCUUAUCUGUUGCUGUGUACACAUGUCCAUGCUGCUGCUGGUUGUACAGGGUCCCAGAUUGAUUAAAUUGCACAGUUAUAUGAAUUCGUACUGCCUGUAUGGUUUAAUGUCAUACAUGUUACAUGUAAUGACAUCUUUGUUAUUUGAGAAUUAUAUAGCUGAAAUAGCUGGACAAAUGAUGGAGUCAAAAAUAUGACACUUGAUGUGUUUUCACUGCCUUUUACCUUUACAUCAGCACAAUUUAUGUGUCUGCAGAUCCAUACUGUUUAGUUUUAGGGUUGAAUCCUUUGUGAUGAAUGGUGUUCAGUGAAAGAGCAUUUGUCUAAAUAAAAUAGGCUUUAAUCAUUAAUAGUUAAAUGGAACAAUGAACUAAAUUAAUAAUUUCUUAUGUUUUAUAUCUGCUGUUUUCUCUGCUGGCAGGAAUUUCAGCAGUUGAAUGUGUCUGUUGUUCUCUCAUUAUUUAUAAGUGGGACCACUUGUGUACUCCACAUUUAAGGUCUUGUAUGAAUUCAUAAUGGCAGCAGUUUGCUUUUAGCUGAUACUGCUCUUGUCUUUGCCUUAUUGUUGAAAAUAACAGAUCUAACCUCAGUAAUUUCUAGGAAUAUAUUAUGUGGAUUCCAGGCUGGGAGGAAAAUGUUGUUAUUCGUUAAAUGUAAAUGUCAUCACCAAAGAAUUCAUAUGGAAUUCUUCAUCCAACUGUUGUGAUUGUAACUGCGUAUCCUCAAGGCUCGUGAUUUUUUAUGUAAGGUAUUGUUGAAAAGUUAUUGUUGUGGUUUUUUAUGUAAGGUAUUGUUGAAAAGUUACUGUAAAGUUUUAGUGUGUUACAAUUUGUCUGCUUGUGAGCUUAUUUAGACUGAUAAGACAAUCUGCCAAGGAUAGUAUACAGUGAAUUUACUCACCUGAUAAAAGUGAGCAAAUGAAGAACUGAAAUAAUAAAAGCAGCCAAUAUGGCAUAUUAGGAAAUUUUUGUCAUAUUUUAUAUUGUCAUUUGUGUAGAUUUUCUGAUUAUAGUAGGUUAUCUUAUGCUGUUUGUCUUAACAAGAAAACACUGUAAUAAUUGUCUCAGAAGAAAUCACUUACUUUCUUUCUGUAUUCAAAUAAAAUUACUAAAAGACCAAACAUUUUUUUUUUC